AUGGCUCGUACUAAGCAAACCGCCCGUAAAAGCACCGGAGGAAAAGCCCCCAGAAAACAACUUGCCACCAAAGCUGCCCGUAAAUCAGCCCCAGCUACAGGUGGGGUCAAAAAACCUCAUCGUUAUAGACCUGGUACCGUAGCUUUGCGUGAAAUUCGACGUUAUCAAAAGUCUACUGAACUUUUGAUCCGCAAGUUACCUUUCCAGCGACUUGUUCGUGAGAUCGCUCAAGAUUUUAAAACAGAUUUACGUUUUCAAUCUAGUGCUAUUGGCGCUCUUCAAGAAGCAGCCGAAGCAUACUUAGUGAGUCUUUUUGAAGAUACAAAUCUUGCCGCCAUACAUGCUAAGCGCGUUACCAUACAACCAAAGGAUAUUCAAUUAGCCCGUCGUCUUCGUGGUGAACGUUCUUAA